AUGGCUGCAGCAUCACAAGAUUCAGAAUAUGAGGAGAAUUUAGAUUUGGAUGACAUAGAUUCUGUAAUUGAUAAUGUUCAAAAGACUGAUGAAGGAAGUGAUGACGAUGAAGGAGAGUAUGAUGGUUUAUUAGGGCCUGAUUUUAGUAAACUUCCACCUCAUGCAUGCAGAUAUUGUGGAAUCCAUAAUGUAGAUCAAGUUUUACAAUGUUCAACUUGUGAAAAAUGGUUUUGUAACGGAAAAGGAAUAACAACUGGAGCUCAUAUAUUACAACAUAUGAUUCGUGCUCAACAUAGAGAAAUAAAUUUUCAUAAAGAUGCAGAACUUGGUGAUUCAGUACUUGAAUGUUAUCAAUGUGGUAUUAAAAAUAUAUUUCUAUUAGGUUUUGUACCAGCAAAGAAUGAUAAUGUUAUUGUUGUUCUUUGUCGUAAUUGUAGCUCUAUGGCAACAAAAAGUGCUAAUUGGUGUGCUGAUGAAUGGCAUUGUUUAAUUGAAGAAAGAUCACUAUUACCAUGGAUUGCUAAAGUUCCUUCAGUAAAAGAACGUAUGAAAGCCUUUCGUAUAACAACUGCACAAAUUAAAGCUUUGGAAGAAUUAUGGAGAGUAAACCCAAGUGCAGAUAUAUCAGACUUACAUAAACCUGGUUUAGAUGAAGCUGUGGAACCAGUACAAAGGACGUAUAAAGAUGCUUAUAAUUACAGACGAAUUCUUGCACCAUUAAUUCGUCUUGAAGCUGACUAUGACAAGGCUGCUAAAGAAGCAUUGAAACCAACUGUUUCUAAUGUCAAAUGGGAUUAUGCUAAGAAUAAGAAAAUAUUGGCAACAUUUCAAAUUCAAGAAUUACUUACAUCUGGAAUUAAAUUAAUGAUUGGUGAUGAAUUAAAACUUAAGCAUAAUCAAACAUUACUUGGAACAACAUGGGAAUGUCAUGGGCAUUUAAUUAAAGUUCCAGAUCACCAUAGUGAAGAUUUUGUUCUUGAAUUUGAUGAGUCUUUUCAAUUACCAUCUGCUAAAAGGAUUAUUUAUACUGUUGAAUUUAUUUGGAAUGCAACAUCAUAUACUAGAAUGUAUAAUGCACUUGAUACACUAGCUCAAAAACCUAAUUGUGUUUCUCCUUAUAUUUAUGAUAAAUUAAUGGGUCAUCCAACAAGUGAAGUUCUUUUGAAUGUCAAAUUACCUAAAUCUUUUAAUGUUCCAGGACUACCUGAUUUAAAUCAUUCACAAGUUAAUGCAGUAAGACAAGCUUUACGUAAACAAUUAACACUUAUACAAGGUCCUCCAGGAACAGGUAAAACUGUUUGUUCUGCAAAUUUAAUUUAUCAUUUGGUACAUCAAAGGAAGGGAAAAAUUUUAGUUUGUGCUCCUUCAAAUAUUGCUGUUGAUCAGUUAGCAGAAAAGUUACAUCAAGCAAAAUUAAAAGUUGUGAGGCUUUGUGCCAAAGGUAGAGAAGAUGUUCAGUCACCAGUUGCUUUUCUUUCAUUGCAUAAUCAAUUGAAAACUUUGACACAGGAUACAGAUCUUCAAACAUUAUUAAAAAUGAAAGAGGAAGGUGGUGGUUUAUCGGCUGCUGAUGAAAGUCGUUUGAAAGCUAUUAUUAAGGCAAAAGAAAUUGUUUUACUUUCUAGAGCUGAUGUUAUUUGUUGUACUUGUGUAUGUGCUGCUGAUUCGAGAAUUUCUUUCCUUAAAUUUAAAUCAGUUCUUAUUGAUGAAUGUUCUCAAGCUACAGAACCAGAAAUUAUGGUAUCAGUUGUAAGAGCUAGAAGUAAACUUAUUCUUGUUGGGGAUCAUUGCCAAUUAGGACCUGUUGUUAUGUGUGAAAAGGCAAAUGCAGCAGGAUUUUCUCAAACAUUAUUUGAACGCCUUAUGUUAAACGGAAAUGUUCCAAUUCGCCUUCAAGUACAAUAUAGAAUGCAUCCAGCUAUGUCAGCAUUCCCUAGUAAUGUUUUUUAUGAAGGUUCUCUUCAGAACGGUGUUACAUCAUCAGACCGUAUACUUUCAAAUCUUACUUUCCAAUGGCCCGUACCAAAUAAACCAAUUAUCUUUUGGCAUACUGAUGGUACUGAAGAAUUAUCUCCAACCGGUACUUCCUACCUUAAUCGUGCUGAAGCUAUCAAUGUUGAAUUACUUGCUACAAUGUUUUUAAAUUCUGGUGUUAAACCUGAACAAAUUGGUAUCAUUACUCCAUAUGGUGGUCAGAGAGCUUAUAUUGUACAACAUAUGCAUUCUUGUGGAACAUUACACUAUAAAUUGUACAAUGAAAUUGAAGUUGCUAAUGUUGAUGCUUUUCAAGGAAGAGAAAAAGAUUUAAUAAUUGUAUCUUGUGUACGAUCUAAUGAAAAUAAUGGAAUUGGUUUUCUUUCUGAUCCUAGACGUUUAAAUGUUGCUUUAACAAGAUCGAAAUAUGGCUUAGUCAUUAUUGGAAAUGCCAAAGUUCUAUCUAAAAAUAUAUUAUGGAAUCAUUUGCUACUUAAUUAUCGUGAACAAGGUUGUUUUAUGGAUGGACAUAUAAAUAAUCUUAGACCAUCACAAAUUCCUUUACCAAAAGAAAGAUCUUUAAUAGAAUUUUUUAAGAAACAUACAAGAUUUGUCUCACCAGCCUUAUCUAUGACAGAACCUGUCAAAUUACAAACUGUCGAUUUAACAAAAACUUAUCCAACAGGAAUGCAGAAUCCAAAUUCAUUUAUAUUUCAAAAUACUCACCCAAGUGGGGCAUAUCAACCUUUUACCUUUAGGCAACCGGUACUUGGUCAAGCAAAUGGAUUUCAAAAUGCUAUUCAACCUCAAUAUGAAAGUACUCGUCAAGGAGUUACCAAAAAAAAUAAAAAUAAUUCUAGAAGUGGAUCUAGUUACAAUCAACGUGGAAACGAUGUAUUAUCCCAGGAAAUGGAAUUUGGUACACUUCAUAGUCAAGAAAUGAGUCAAACAUCUAUAUCAUUUAGUAGGAUGUCUGAAUCACAGAUGUCAGCUCCUUAUGACAUUGAACCAAAUAUGUCACAAAUUGCUAAAGAUUUGAAUGGAUUAAUGUUAUCAGAAGAUUCAAAAAUUUAA